AUGGACUCCCUCACCACACAAACAUCCAGUGUCGCAGAUCUCCGAAACAACACUAAGCUCUGGUAUAAAAUAAAUGUUUUCAUCUACGACCUCCACAACUUCCGCGACAAACCACAAUCACAAGAACGCCUCAAUAGCAUUAUCGACAUAUCUUACAUCGGCUUACCCUACUUCACACCCCGCGAAGCGCAUACAAUAAAAUCUACUCUGGUCGAUGUCUCUACGCCUGUACAUCCUGGGAAGAAGAAAGUCCAAAAGAAGGCACAGUCGCAACCGCAGUUCGAGUCACAAUCAAAAUCAGAAGUCCCAGAAAACAAACUGAAUCUGGAGCGAUUAGAGGAAGUAAUCCAGCAAACCCUCAACGAGCGUCUAGAAAGGAGAAUCAAGAAGCGCGAAGAGAGCGGCGAUUUCCGAGUCUGCGCAGCGCAUGAUUUGGCGCCGAUCUUGGAGAAGGCGUUGGGUAUUAAGGCGAAGGAUUUGCAGAGGGAUCAAGAGUUCUUGGAGAUUAUGGGGAGGUGUGGAUUGGAGUUGGGGGAGGGGGAUGAGGAGAAUUGGAAGAGUGUUGAUGAGGGACGGAAGGAUUUGAGGAGGGGAGGUGGUGGGGGUGGGGGUAAAAAGAGAGGGAAGGGGAGGAAGUGA